AUGGCUGAAAGUGCUACAAUUGAACGACAGGCAAUUGGACGUCAUGGAAUUAUUGGUUCAUUGUACGAUAUUCGAAAUGACCGAUUGGAAGGAGGAAACUUGUUUAACAAAGAAUUACCGUCGUCAUUUAUUAAAACCAUCGAUAGUGCCAAUGUAAGCUAUCGUCUUGACUGUCACCAGUCACAAAAAGAAACACUGAAUAAUUUGAAUAUCGAACCCAGUCUAAAAUUAAGCUUAAUGGGAGGACUGAUUAAUGUUGACGGAUCAGCAAAAUAUCUGGAACAAACAAAAACAGAUAGUAGUACCGUUCGAGUGACAUUUAUAUACAUGGUGAAAACAAAACAAGAACAUUUACAAAUAUCUACAACUGGUCUAGAUGAAUAUAUUUCAUCUGAUGCAUGGGGCGCUAAUGUGGCAGCAACAUUUGAAAGAACAGUCGACAAUCGUGAUGCUGUAGAAAAAAUUGAAGGCAGCUUAUCGGCCACGUUCAAGAAACCCACGAUCAGUAUGACAGGACAGGUAACAGUUGAUUAUGAUGCUCAACAAAAAGAGAACCUUCAAUCGUUGAAAAUAAGUUUUUCUGGUGAUGUGAUGAUCGAGCAUUGUCCACAAACAAUUGAAGGUGUAUUGGAAGCCUACAGAAAUGUUCCAUCCUUGAUAAAACCGUUGAAUGAUGGAAAAGGAAAACAACUUACAUUUAUUCUGUAUCCUUUACAAAGAAUUGCAGAAAUGUUUAACUUUGAACUAAAGAUGAAACGAAACAUCAAAGAAGUAUCAGAACAUAUUAUUGCUCGUAUUGAAAACAUCUUUGAGCAAAUAAACGCUGGAAAACGACAAUUCAACGAUUUUUUGGAUGAUAUCAAACCAUGGGAGCAGUUUAUCUCUCGGGAUUGGUUAUGUUUGAUUAAAGAGAAAAAGUUAGAACUUGAUGGAGAUGCACUGAAAACACAACGUGAAAUGUCAAAUUUGUUAGUCGAAAUUCGCAGUGGUUCAGCCGAAGAAUCUAAAAUGAAGGAGCUACUCGAUAAUUUUGAUAGUCAAAAUCCAUGUUCACUAAUUCCGGAUGGUGAAGUUUCAAAAGUUGAUUUCAUCUCUGAAAUGGGAAAACUAUUUCCGAAAGGAAAUCCAGCUAAUUACUGCGAUUAUGCAUUUUCAACGAUUGAUGCUGAUAAAAGUGGCACAAUUAACUUUUCAGAGUUUAUGACUGCUGUGGCUCCUACACAACCAGGCGAUAUAGAGAUGCGUCUUAGUGUGGUCCGAGCUAUACUACUUUUUCCUAACAAAUCAUGA